GGAGGAGGAAGAAGAGGAGGAGGAGGAGGAAGGAGGAGGGUGAAGAUGGUGGAGAGGCGGCCGGAGCGCGCGCGAGAGGGAAAGAGGGCGCGCGCCUGCCUGGGCUCCCUUUUCUAACCUCCGCCUCCAUCCAGAUCCAGAUUCCCCCCUCGAUGCGCAGGUUCCCUGGAGGAAGGAAAAAGAAGACACAACACACAAAAUGUCAAUAGAAUAAGUGAAGCAUCCUUUACUACCUGCCAUGAACCACUUUGAGGGGCCACCAGAAGGAGAGGGCAAUGAUGAACUAGGAAAUAGAGAGGUCAAUGAGUCUAUAGAGGCUGAUCUGGAGCACUCCGAGGCAGAGGAGGAACAACAACAGUAUGCUGUUUACCCAAGAUGUGCCAAUGGUGGCCAUGGAGGACACUCUAGACAGGAAGAAGAGGGCAUGCUGGCACGAUCGGCUAGCACUGAGAGUGGAUUCCAUAAUCACACCGAUACCGCAGAGGGAGAUGUCAUAGCCACAGCAGGGGAUAACUAUGAAGGAGAUAGAGUGCUAGAAAAUGAGGAUGAGAGUGCCUAUGCUGUACAGUACAGACCUGAGGCAGAAGAAUACACCGAAAAUGCUGAGGCAGAACAUGCAGAGACACUCCAUAACCGAACUCUCCCCAACCACUUGCACUUUCAUUCCAUUGAGCAUGAGGAAGCCAUGAAUGCAGCAUAUUCGGGCUAUGUGUACACCCACCGACUCUUCCACCGAGGGGAAGACGAGCAGUAUGCGGAGCCCUAUGCUGACUAUGGGCUGCAAGAACAUGUGUAUGAGGAGAUAGGAGACACACCUGAUCUUGAUGUCAGGGAAGGUCUGAGACUCUAUGAGCAAGAGAGGGAGGAGGCUGACAACUACCGAAAGGAAGCUCUAGGUGCACGUCUCCACCAUUAUGAUGAGCGCUCUGAUGGAGAAUCCGACAGUCCCGAGAAAGAGGCGGAGUUUGCUCCAUAUCCAAGGAUGGACAGUUACGAACAAGAGGAAGAUAUUGACCAAAUUGUGGCCGAAGUUAAACAAAGCAUGAGUUCUCAAAGCCUAGACAAAGCUGCUGAAGACAUGCCAGAAGCAGAGCAGAACGUGGACAGUAGUAAUGCUCUUGCUAAUGUGCGUCCUGAAAGCAACAGUCAACUUUCAGGUGGUUCUAAACCAUCGGUUAAUGUGGGGGAAUCGGUGCAAAGGUAUAGCAAGGAAAAAAGGGAUGCAAUAUCACUGGCUAUUAAAGACAUUAAAGAAGCUAUUGAGGAAGUGAAGACAAGGACCAUCCGUUCCCCUUAUACUCCUGAUGAACCCAAAGAGCCCAUUUGGGUGAUGAGGCAAGACAUCAGCCCCACCAAGGAUGAUGAGGAUCAGAGGACUGUAGAGGGAGAUUCUCCAUCUCCUGAUUCAUCUUCACCUCAAGGUGCUGAAUCAUCAAGUGUUCAACAUCACCAAGAUGUCUGCGGUACAGCAGAAACCCCCACCAAUAAGGAGUCAAGAAAAAGCUUGGCUUCUUUCCCAACCUAUGUUGAAGAAAAGAAAAACAAGCAAGCAACCUGGAAUUUGGAAGCAGGAAACCAUGUGCAGAUUCCUGGACCAUGUGAUCCUGAAGAUUUAAUUGAUGGAAUCAUAUUUGCUGCCAAUUACCUUGGCUCUACUCAGCUUCUUUCGGACAAAACUCCAUCCAAGAAUGUGAGAAUGAUGCAGGCUCAGGAAGCUGUAAGCCGAAUCAAGAUGGCCCAGAAAUUAGCCAAAAGCAGAAAGAAGGCCCCUGAAGGUGAAUCUCAACCCAUGACAGAAGUCGACCUUUUCAUCUCAACACAAAGGAUAAAAGUGCUGAAUGCUGACACUCAGGAGGUGAUGAAAAUUCCCUUUAAUUUGGAAAACGAAACUAUGAUGGACCACCCUCUGAGGACCAUUUCCUACAUUGCAGACAUUGGGAAUAUAGUCGUAUUGAUGGCUCGCAGGCGAAUGCCAAGAUCUAAUUCCCAAGAUAACGUGGAGGCAUCUCAUCCCUCUCAGGAUGGGAAGAGGCAGUACAAAAUGAUCUGCCAUGUCUUUGAAUCUGAGGAUGCCCAGCUAAUUGCACAGUCCAUAGGGCAGGCUUUCAGUGUAGCCUACCAGGAAUUCCUGAGGGCCAACGGGAUAAAUCCAGAAGAUCUGAGCCAGAAGGAAUACAGCGACCUGCUGAACACCCAGGACAUGUACAAUGAUGACCUGAUCCACUUCUCCAAGUCCGAAAACUGCAAAGACGUUUUCAUUGAGAAGCAAAAGGGGGAAAUUCUGGGUGUAGUGAUUGUAGAGUCUGGAUGGGGAUCCAUCUUGCCGACAGUUAUCAUUGCCAAUAUGAUGCACGGAGGACCUGCCGAGAAAUCUGGAAAGCUGAACAUAGGAGACCAGAUCAUGUCAAUCAAUGGGACCAGUUUGGUUGGCUUACCACUCUCUACAUGCCAGAGUAUCAUAAAGGGUUUGAAGAACCUGGCCCGAGUUAAGCUGAAUAUAGUAAGAUGUCCUCCAGUGACUACUGUCCUCAUCAGAAGACCAGAUCUCAGAUACCAGUUGGGCUUCAGUGUACAGAACGGCAUUAUCUGUAGCCUUAUGAGAGGAGGGAUCGCAGAACGAGGAGGAGUACGAGUGGGGCACCGGAUUAUUGAAAUAAACGGGCAAAGUGUUGUAGCAACACCUCAUGAAAAGAUUGUUCACAUUCUCUCAAAUGCUGUUGGUGAGAUUCACAUGAAGACCAUGCCUGCUGCCAUGUACAGACUCUUGACUGCACAGGAACAGCCAGUUUACAUCUAAAGCUCACGCAGCUGUGCAUGGACAUUUCUCUCCUCAUAAAUUGUGGUAUUUUCGUGUGCUGCGUUUUGGUGUCUGCAGCAACGUUUCUCUUGCUCUUUUUUCUUACCUUUUCUCAUUCUGCUGGGUACAAGAUGACAUUUUGGUUGCACCUUUUUACUACUAAAGUUUAUGUCAUUCUUCACAGAACUAAAAAUAACUAAGAUUUAACACACACACGUAUACACACACACUUGUUUGAACAAGAUCAUGCUUAUACGCUUCUGUGUCAGUUAAGAGAAAAACACAAGUAUGCUGAAUGAACAUACAUUUAGGAAAAAUGAUAAAAUAACAGUCUUCUAUUGUGUGAAUAAAUAGGAUAUUGCCAGGUUUGUCUUAAGUUGAGAGAGCUAAAAGAAGCCAAUGUAUGUAUAAAGAAGGCAAUCCAAUGCUAAUUCAUAUUUUAUGUGAGCUCUGCUCCCCUAAUAUUGUUCAGCACCAAUCUUUUGGGAGCGUGUUUGUGAAAAGGUUUUGUUCAUUUUGUGCAGAAAAACUUCUAUAACUAAAAAUGUCUAUAAGAGAUGUGCUUUUGGGAUUUUGCUCCUUGGGAUCUAAAUGUUUCCUUUCUCUUUCCCCAAGCCCUUUAUAUUUGAGUGCAGCAUGCUUUUUUGCAACUGGCUUUUCUAUUCCCUCGUUUCUUUCUAAAGAUGAGUGACAAACUUGAAAAUAUUGAACAGAAAAAUCUGGGGGGUGGGAAGGGAAUGCAGUCAGAUCUUAACUUCGUUUUUUAAAAAUGUUACGUGUGUAUGUAUGUGUAUGUGACACAUUUGAAAACUGUAUGCUUGAUAUUCAUUAUUUUUUACAAGUCUGCCUACAGUUCUGAGUUGUUCUGUUAUUCUGAGCCAGUUUACUUAUAACAUAUCUUUGGUCGAAAAUUUUGUAUUUAAUUUUUUAAGGCAGUUUUCUCUUUAAUUUUGGACCAUGUUAGAAUAGUGGAAGGUAUAAAUUUAAUUUAUUUUGUAAUAUACAAAUAUAUAUAUAUAAAUAUAUAUAUAUAUACAAAUAUAUGUAAAGUUAUUCCCACAACGGGAUGUUAAGAGAGUAGAUUCACUUACUGCAGGUAUUUGUGCAAUGAAAGAGUAUUCCAAAACAUUUUGGUUACGGCAUUUAAAAUCUAGGAGGUCAGUUGACUGUAAUAUUUGUAGUAAAAUUAUUUGGCAAAAACACACAAAGUAUAGGUCCUGUGGCACCUUAAACACUUAUACUUUUAUUAUGGCAUAACCUUUUGAGGUUUUGGCUCAUAAGAGAUUCUCUCACAACACACGUCUUGAUCUUUAAGGUGUCUAAAAUAUUUUUUUGGUUGGUUUUGCCAUGACAAACCAACACAGCCACCCUUCUGGAAUCUGUCUAAUAUUUGUGUGUGGGGUAGGAAAUGGAAUAAUCAGGGCAACAGGUUUAGCAGGGGUAGGGGUUGGGUGUUUGCAUGUUGCAUGGCUGUGCAUUGUGCACACAUGUUGCAUAGAUGUGUAAUGGCAUACUCCUGGGGAUUCAGUGCCCUGCAUGGGUGUUAGAUGUGAAUGCAUGUGGAUCCCACUCCUUAAAGCAAACACAGAAGCUCUGGGAGGCAAGAAACUAGCAUUGUAAUACAAGCAAACUGUGUUGGAGGAGGGCAUGAGAUUGUAGGAUCCUGACCCCAUAAGGCACUGCCAGAAGUGAUUUUGCAAUAUAUUAAAUAGUGAUAGGACAGGAGUGUCAAUUCCCUUUCUUCAUUCACAAAAGACUUGUAUACACCGUCACAUUAUAUUAUCUAUCAAAUAGUUUUAGAAGAGAAAUAUUCAGUAGGGAAAAAAAAACAAUACAGGACAUCUCAAACAAUUUGCAAUCCAGUCCUUAGGCGCUCCAAACCACAUUGAAAACAGUGGUUUGGAUGUGCAAAGGAUUGGACUAUACAUGUUCAUAUGUGUCUCUUAAGUUUGGAUUCACUGAAGUAUUUGGUUUUGCUGAAGUGCAGUAGGCAUGGACCUAAUCAACAAGCAAACCACUAGGAGUUCUGCAGAAGAGGAGGCCAUAUAUAUAGGCCUAAAUGCUACAUCGUGCUAGGAGAGUUUGCCAGUGUCCUUAUGGGAAGUGGUGGACUUAGCUUCUGUGAUAGACAACAUCAGAGGGCUAUUGGGUGCACCUCCAUCUCACAGCCACUGGUCAGCUGUGGCCUUGGCCAAAUCCAGUUGUGCUUGUGCAAAAAGGUAAGAAGGAGCAGUCUCCACUCCCUUGAUGCCUCUCUACAGCCAAUCCAUGGCUGGAAAGACAACUAUGCCUGGGAUCCUUCUGGCUAUUUGCUGCACACUGGGAUAGGUUAGGCCUGCAGAAGACAGAAUUGGCUAUUUCUACAGAUCCAGAUAAUUACAAAACUGGCCAUUAUGCCCAUGUAUGCCAUCUACUGGAGGCCAGCAAGGCUCCAUAUUUUUUUUCCAAAGCGAAAGAAAACACAUUUAGAAUACUUUCAGCACCUGGAUUUGUGGAGAUUUUAAGUUCAGCACUUAUUCACAUUAGCUACUUGAUGCACAGAUGUGCAGUGAUAGCAAAAGGAACAAAAAACUGAUUUCGUACUGCACCUGCCCUGCCUCAGGCAAGGUUCUCAAGGUGUUAACAAAUGGCUUUAAAGUGUUACGUGUCUGUCUCAUUUCUAGCUAGACUGAGGCCAGUAGUCCCUUUGGGAUCUCUUUAGCUUAGGGGAGUUUUGAGAGCUGUUAUCUGAUCCUAGGUUAGUAUUAAUAGUCUGCUCCUAAUCUGCGGUUCUUGACUGAUUGGAGAGUUUAUCAUGAUUGUCGCCUCUUUCACAAAAGACCACAUAAAUAACUCACCUGUCUUCCCAUACUUGUGUAAGAUUCAGUGUAGAUAUUAUAUGUACUAUAUGUAAUACAUACAACACACAGUGCAAUAUAUUCCACCAUUUCUUCCUAAAAGCCGCAACUAAUCCCACAGCUCUUUUCCUCUCUCUUUCUUCCUAUUUUUAUUCAUUCCACUUUUGUUCACACAAUCAAGGGCAUCCUUCUUGCUUUCCAUGCACGCUUUUUUGUGUGCAACUAGCAAAAGCAGAGUAGCUUUUCCACCAAUGGCCUCAAAGUAGAAUUGAGUAUUUCAAAAUCUGGAAUAGUUUUAUUUCUAUUUCAGAUUUGUCUAAGAGGCUUCAUUUCAGGCACACCAUGAUAACAGGAUACAAGAGAGCAUUCGCGAGAUAGGAAUUUUAAAAAACUAACCAAUACUUACAGAAACUCCAACAGCAUAUUCUGAACCUGAAUCAUCAUUAGUUAGGUUCGUGUAUUUAUUUGUGGGAGAAACUCCAUCGGUGUCUUAACCUCUCCUGGUUUGUCCUGCUUGCUUGAAAACAGUGCAAGGCCACCUUAUAUGUGUUACAAUUGUAGCCCUUCCUUGGCAUGCACACCUUUGGCCACAAUUGAAGAGGAAGGGACAGCCAACAGGAAUAAGUUUGUGCUAAUUCCAGACUUUGGACCAUGGUUUACAGCCUGAACUACAGCUUCUCCAAGUUCUGGUUGGUUUUCGUGGUUGUAAAGAUUGGAAAAACUGCUGGCACAAACCCAGAAAGCAUGGCAAUAUUUGUGUGCCCAAAUCAUACAAACAUUUCUCUGUAUGUUGACAGUGGCUGCUUGCACUAGGGGUGAUCUUUCUUGUGAAUGGAUUUCCAGAGUAGACUUGAUUUUGUAUAUCCAGCUCUAGACUUCCCAACGACAAAGAAGGAAAUUGGGUAAUAAUACAAACUGAACAAUAAUGCCAUUGUUUAAAUACUGAUGUCCUGAGCAGCUUUUAUAGGAAGCUUUACAUUCUUUUAUGGGAUGAAAGGAACAAUUUGUUUUACAUACUUCCAGUUUUGCAAAAAUCCAACAAGGAUUAUAGUUGCCUACUUGUAUAUUUUAAUAAUGCUACCAUGUUUACAAAAAGGUUGUUUUGCCUCUUAACUUACAAUUUUGUCCUAUGGUUGUGUCUCAACUGUAUUAUAAUUUGCUGUAUUUUGGGGGAUUUUCCAAGUGCAGGGCUUUUGAGGAAAGGAAGGGGAGUUCUAUGUACUUCCAGGAAUAAAGAGAGAUCUUUGCCUGAAGUUGGCAAGUGUGUGUGUGUAUGUGUAUGUGUGCGUAUGUGUGUGUGUGUGUAUAUAUAUACAUAUAUAUAGGGGGAAAGAGACAGCACAGUACUAAAGAAUAUGAAAUUGUACUAUUGUUCUGUAAAGAAGGUGAAUAGAAAUUAUUGAAAAGCGUCAGAAGUAUAGUAUUGUAUCUGUAACAAUAUUGUUCUUUGUAAACAUUAAACUUGAUGAACUCUAUAUAUAAAUAUAUAUAUACAUAUAUAUAUAAAAAAAAACUGAGAGCCUGGAAUGUUGAUACUGCACACCUACUGAAUGUAAUUUUUCAGACUCUUGUCACAGGACUCUGCCCCCUUUCUCUAUAAUACAACGGCAGUGCUUUGGGGGAUAUGUUUUUUACUCUAUUUUUUGUUGGCCUCUGUUUUGUUGUGAUGUAUUUCCGUGUGCUACAUUCCUUUAUUUAACAGAGUGCUAAUGUCUGUAAAAUUUACAACAAUAAAACAAAACCAGACAUACCAAAAAAAGGCA